AUGAAGCUCUCGUCUUUCACGGCCGCCACCUUUGCCUGGCUCUCCGGUGCACAGCAACAGGUCCCACUGCAGGCGGAUGACCACACUCGACCUACGAACAUCGCCAUUAUCGGCGCUGGAGCUGGCGGAUCCUCAGCAGCCUACUUCCUCUCCAAGUAUGCCCACAAUGCCUCGAUUCCACUCAACACUACCGUCUUCGAUCGAAAUCCGUACGUAGGCGGCCGCUCCACCACCGUCUCGGCCUACAACGAUACAACACUCCCCGUCGAGCUCGGUGCAAGCAUUUUCGUUGAGAUCAACCACAUCCUUGUAGACGCAGCGAAAGACUUCAAUCUCUCGACAUCUGGGCUCGCAGAGAAUGACUUCCAUGUCGAUGGCUCGAAGGUACCUGGCCCACAGCUAGCGAUCUGGGACGGCGAGAAUAUUGUCCUAACAGCAAAUGGCGGCUGGUUUGACUUUGCAAAACUGUUCUGGAAGUAUGGAUGGACACCAGUAAGGACGCAGAAGUUGAUGAAGAAGGUCAUUGGAAAGUUCAUGCAACUCUACGAUGCGCCUCUAUUCCCGUUCGCAAGCUUGACGCAGGCAGCACAGGACACUGGAUUGCUGGCUGUCACGGCUUCGACGGGCGAGCAGUAUAUGCGUGAGAAUGGGAUCACGGGACCAUUCGGGAGGGAAGUGGUGCAGGCUAGUACGAGGGUGAACUAUGCUCAGAAUUUAGGAUACAUCCAUGGCUUGGAGGCGAUGGUGUGUAUGGCUACCGACGGGGCUAUGGCGAUUGAGGGAGGGAAUUGGAAGAUCUUCGAUGGAAUGAUCAAGAGCAGUGGAGCACAUCUGAAGCUAGAGACCAAGGUAGGAGGUAUCUGGCCGCAAGGGCAUGGGAAGUACGCUCUGAACUACAGCCACAUCGAUGGCACCGGAUCAGGAUCGCAGCUCUUCGAUGCCGUCGUACUGGCAGCGCCAUACCAGUACUCUGACUUAAAGAGCUUAGGCGUGGCCAGCGAACACCACCCUGACGAAAUACCUUAUGUCGAGCUCCACGUCACCCUCUUCACCUCACCACACCUCCUGUCACCCGAAUUCUUCAACAUGCCAGCAGAUAAGCCCGCCCCUCGAGUCAUCCUCACAACCCUCCCCGACGGCGAGCCCGCCCGCAAAGGCAAAGAAGGCGUAGGAAGUCCCGGCUUCUUCAGCAUCUCCCUCCUCCGCCCCAUCGUAAACCCAAACACAAGCCAGAAAGAAUACCUCUACAAAAUCUUCUCACCCGAAGCACCAGAUUCGGAAUGGCUGGCCGCCCUACUGGGUGUGAAAGAUUCGCCAGGGGGUGGGAAAGAGAUUGUAAGUGGCAGGGAUAUUACGUGGAUAUACCGGAAAGUCUGGAAUAGCUAUCCGUAUGAGUACCCAAGGGUGACGUUUGAGGAUCCGAACUUGGGCAAGAAUCUUUACUAUACUUCGGGUAUGGAUAGUUUCAUUAGCACGAUGGAGACGAAUGCGUUGAUGGGGAAGAAUGUGGCGAGGUUGAUGGUGGAUGAGUUGGUGAGGAAGGAUUCGAAUCAAGAUAGUAUCGAGGGGAUCAUGGUGCAGAAGAAUGUGACAGAUGCAUUCGCCGCGGUUUAG